GAGAUGUUGUCAGAGACGAUCCUAUUGUCGCGGAUAAAGUUAACGGUCGACGUCGAUCUAAUCGCUAUCCGGAGUUGAUAGGUGAACGAGUGAUUCAGCAAAGUGGAUUAUUUUUUUAAGAAACCAUGAAUCUCCUGUUGAGAUCAAUAGGAGGGGAGAAAGUGAUCGGAUAAGAUUUUGUGUGUGAUUGCUUAAUCGGUGGAGGAAUUUAAGUUGAGGACAACACAGAGAAGAGAGUGAUGCCGCUUCAAACUCGAUGAGAACUAGCGAAAGAAAUCUGGGAGGCCUAUCCUUUAUCUUGAAAGACUAUGCUACGUGCUCGAGAAACAAAAUAGCAAUGUUUUGCGAUGUGAAUCUGCAUCUAGGGCGAAGGUGAGAAGAUAAUUUUUUGCGGUAGAUCAGAUCGAAUGUUUUUGAAAGGAACAUUUCCGGAACGAAGAGGCACAUGAAGAGCUUCAAUUGCGAUUUCGUGAACGAAGAUAGAACGGUCCCCAUGGCGAACAGCGGCCAUGGGGUCGCUGUUAACGGCGUAAGUGCUCCUGGUUCGGGCACGUUAUCGAGGGAAGAGAGACGCAGACGAAGGAGGGCCACCCAAAAGUAUCGAACCGCACAUGCUACACGGGAAAGAGUCAGAGUGGAGGCGUUUAACUUGGCAUUUGCGGAACUGCGAAAGUUGCUGCCGACGUUGCCACCGGACAAGAAGCUCUCGAAAAUCGAGAUUCUUCGGCUGGCAAUCUGCUAUAUCGCUUACUUGAAUCACGUACUUCAAGCUUGAACUUGUGUACUUCGAUAAGCAGAAGUAGGUUACCUCGGGACAAUGGAGGAACGUUCCCAUGGGAGAUUGCUAUCCCUCCGCGUUCCUUCAAAUUCUACUACCACCCUCGACAGUCAUCGUCCGGUCGCGUAUCCGAUCGUUGUCGAUUAUACGGCGUACGAGCUUAAAUGAAAAAGAAUGGAAUUGCCGGCGAGGAGGUCAACUUCACGGAUCGUCGCCUUGCGCCUCGUUUCCCGGUUCUCUGCAAAUGCGAUUGUGCGACUCGGUCCACUCGGAGAUCCGCGUGAGAUUGAUUGUCCUUGCGAGUCGAACUGACUCCCCUGCGGAAAAAAGCACUGACGAAUUAAGACGAAAGAAACCCAUUUCCAUGAAUUGAAUAUUUAAAAUGGUUUUAAGUUAUAAAAUUAUUAUUUCAUGCUUGUUAGCUUUUUUUUAAACUAAGAUUAAUACGAAGGAUUUGUUUGUUUAUGAUAACUGACAAGCUAAAAUGAGACUUUUACUAUAUAUUUAAUGAAAUUUGAUCUUGAAUGAGCAAAACAGAAUAAAUAUGUAAAGAACCAUCGAACGGAAAUGUAAUAUGUCUUUUAUGGAAUUUUUUUCUAAAGAUCAGAUAUAAUUAGUUAAAUUGUUUAGAUUGUUUUAUUUUGGUAUCAGUACUUUAUGGACAACGCUGUCAUGCGAGUUUGUUUUUCAUUAAAUAUGUAGAGAGAUGGAGACAAAGUGAACAAAUGACAAUGUUAAUAUAAGUAAUAAAAGGUUACGCAAAAGAGUUUAUAUUCGUGUCCAUUUCGCGAACAAGCCAAUUAAGAAGUGAUCAAUGAAACAAACAUACAUAGUCAGGUGAUUUCUUAAUUUAUUUGCUAUUCUAUUAAUUAAUUUUUCUUGUAAUUAUCAACUCUAUAAAAGUAAAUUUUAAUUGUAAGAAA